AAACGCGCCCGCUGCCGAAGCGUCAUGGCCGCCCACGAAUUGCCUCGCUCCUCGUCUUUGGCGCUGGUAGGGCGUGCGACUUCGGAGGACCCUUGUUUCCACUCGUCGUCAUCCACAGACCAGAAACCAGCAUUGCAACUUCAUCAUGCUUCGUGCCAUCGUUUACUUUGCAGCUUCGACGCUGCGGUCAACUCUCCUCGAGCGCAGCAAUGUUUGACCCGUGCUAAAAAUGUACAUAUGCUAAGACGAGAUGAUCCCCCCGCUACUGACCAUAGCUUAUAACCCACCGCUACGUCACAAAGAUGGAACAUUAUUAUUACACAUCUUCACCACCAACCAUCUCCUCGCCCGCUCAACUUCUACUCCCCUCCUGCAAAACCAUUCACCCGCCUAAUCAUCUCAACAACAGCCAAGUUCAAAACUACCGUCAUGUCUCUCGAUUGGACCUCCCUGCAAACUAUUCCCAGAAGCUAUGCCUCCUGCUCGUUAGGGAACCCCACGAACCCUCCUCCCCUCCUCGACCGCCUUGAUGCCAUUUCCGCUGCAGGCUUCACAGCCAUUGAACUGUCCUUCCCAGACAUCUUGUCCUACGGCGCGACUGUGCUCGGCCGCAGUCCAGACCCCAAGAACUAUGACCAACUCUGUGAUGUCGCCUCGGCCAUCAAGUCGGAAUGCGACAAACGAAACAUGCACGUCAUGAUGCUACAACCCUUCUCCAACUUCGAGGGCUGGAAGGACGGCGCACAAAACGCUGAUGGCGUUGACGGCAGGGCCGAUGCGUUUGAGCGUGUCAACGGCUGGUUGCGCAUCAUGAAGGCAGCUGGAACUGAUAUGCUGCAGGUCGGCAGCUCGGAUACCCCACUCGAGAAGCUGGACCUGAAUCGCGUCGUCCCCGACCUACAGCAACUAUGCGACAUGUUGAAGGAGCACGGCUUCAAAGUCGCCUACGAGAAUUGGUGUUGGUCAACCCAUGCACCCGACUGGAAAGACGUAUGGAGGAUCGUGAAGGAGGUGGACAGGGAUAAUAUCGGGCUGUGUUUGGAUACUUUCCAAACAGCGGGAGGCGAGUGGGCGGAUCCCACCACGGAAUCUGGUCUCCUGGAAGACGUAUCCAAGAUUGAGUUGAUUGAAAGGUUCCAGCAGAGUUUGGACGAUCUCAAAUUCACGAUACCGGGCGAUAAGAUUUACCUCUUGCAGAUCAGCGAUGGUUACCAGGUCCCGGAACCGCUCUCAAAGGGACCGGAUGAAUCUGGCACAAAUCCUAGGGGUAGGUGGAGUUCCGAUCGGAGGCCUCUACCUUACAACGGCGGAUACCUACCAGUUGUUGAUGUCACAACUGCAGUAUUGCGUACUGGCUUCAGAGGUUGGUUCAGUUACGAGGUUUUCGAUGCAGGUGCAGAAGGUAAAGGCAGAAAUGUCGACAUAGUGGCUUAUGCGAAAGCUGCCAGUAACGUCCACAAUAGACUGCUGGCCGAGUGCUCUGGCAAAAAGUUUCCCGUAACCCACGACCAUGGCACAAGGAUCACAGAUAGAGAAUAA